GCCCAUUUACUGUUCCGCACUAUGACGUCUGACUUGAAGGCACUGCGCGACAUUAUUUCGUCCUCAGUGGACAGCAUAGUUCGUGUAUGCGACAACACUGGGAGGGACUUCCCCUCUCUUGAUGAGCCCGUUAAUCCUUCAGAGUUCUCUCCGAAUGGAAUACGGAACGAUCCCACUGUCGCUCAGUCUAUUUCAUUUAUCGUCGCAGCGGCUUUGCAGCUUGUUGCAACUGUUCAGUCGCCGCCAAUCACUCUGGUUACAGCAUCCGUCCAGUCUGCUCUGCCAGCAGCCCUCAGUGUCGCGGAGGCGGGGAACAUUGCCGAGAUACUCCGAGAUGCAGGUCCAAAGGGUAUGCAUAUCAAAGAAAUAGCUAAGAAAAGCAAGAUGGAGGCCCGCAAGCUAUCACACGUACUUCGUUGCCUUGCAACGAACCACUGGUUCCGGGAAGUGAGCCCAGAUGUAUUUGCGAACAACUCGCUUUCUUCGCUUCUCGAUACCGGGAAGGAGAUUACUGAUGACUUCGGGGUAACGAAGUACGAGAAUACCCCAGGAAUGGCUGCGAUGCUUGGCGCGAUAUCCGAUUCACAGUUGACAACAUUUUCCGCCCUUCGAGAUGUCAUGACCGAUGAAAAAACGAAAUUCUCAGAAGAGCCAUGCGACAGUGCCUUUCAAAAGGCCCGUAACACAAACCUGUCUGUUUGGGAGUACCUCGAUCUACCCGAGAAUGAGGCCAUGCGAAAGAGGGCCGCAAUCGCGUUGGCUGGAUCUAACAAAAUGCAACCUCCUUCGACUAUUUUAUCAGGUUUUGAUUGGGGUAGUGUUCCAAAGGGAGGAGUAGUUGUCGAUGUCGGUGGAGGGUUGGGACAAGUCGCCUUGGAAAUUUCUAAAGCCUUCCCAGAGCUUCAAGUUGUUCUAGAGGACCGCCCGUCCAACGUAGAACAAGCGAAGCAGUUCUGGAGUGAGAAUCUUCCCUCAGCCGUUUCUAAUGGAACAGUGCAUUUUAUUGGUAUGGACUUCUUCGAAGCACAACCCAAGCUCCCAGGCGAUCCGAGCGUUUUCCUGUUGCGAAACAUAAUACACGACUGGUCCGAUCUCUAUUGCGUCAAACUUCUGCGACGCCUACGCGAAGCUGCAACUCCCACAACAAAACUUGUCAUAGUUGAUGCCGUCCUGGAAUAUGCGUGCGGUUCGGGGGAUAACAAGCCUCCAGCUCCUCUUCUUGGAAAUCUAGGUGGUGCGAACGUUCUUCCGUACAGUAUGGACUUGGCGAUGUUUGCUUCGCACAACGCUGGUGAACGCACGAAGAACGGCUUUGAAGAGAUCCUGUCCGCUUCUGGCUGGAAGCUUCAAGAGAUUCGCAAGCACCCAGUCAAUCCAAUGUUCAGGCCCAGCAUCAUAGCGGUCCCCAACUAAGGGAUGCCUCAAGGUCAAACAACUUUGCACGCACGUGCAGAGUAAAUUCACAUUCCUAGAUGAUUUACAUAAGUAAAAGACGUAUAGGAAAAUCACUUAACCCCAACUCAGAAUAGCGUUUUUAAACGCCUCUGUAUUAUUAUGAUAUACAUAUUUGCAGCGACUCGUCAACAGAAGCGAAUAAAAC